UACCCGAUUCGCGGCAUCUGGUACUUCUCGCGACACAGAGAGUUCUGGCCUCUUCUCUUUGGAAGGCUGCUGCCUCUGUCUCUGAUCUCGUUCUUCGUAUACUUUGUUCUGUUCUCGUUCGCCUUCCUUCCGCAAUUCUUAUUCCUGGCCAUCUUCCAUGGCUGGGGCGCGUGGGUUAACGCCGUUGUGCUUGUGUUGGGUGAAGGAUUGGUGAUCAUCCAGGGUCUCUUUGAGGGCUUCUUUGUCGAUGAAUGUCGAGUGGAUGUUUUUGACGCCACUCUUAUCAAUCUCUCACUGAAAGACUUGAUCUCUCCUCACCGCAUCCUGUUCGAAGAUGCACCUAAUGCAGUCAAGAUGCUGGGAAAGCCGACAAGUUCGGCAACCUUCAACCCGUGGAGCACGAUUCAAGUUGUAGAGCUCAUAUUCUUCCUCCCUCUCAACCUGAUCCCCUAUGUCGGAACAAUUGCCUUUAUCGUCAUAACCGGGACGCGGAUGGGGAAGCUCUCACAUCACCGCUGGUUCCAACUUCGUGGCCUGUCAAAGGCAGCGCAAGCGAAGGAGAUCAAGAGCCUUGAGUGGGAAUACGUCUUCUUUGGGACUGUAGCCAUGAUUCUCGAGCUUAUUCCUGUGCUUUCAUUCUUCUUUCUCCUGACCACGGCCGCAGGUGCAGCCAUGUGGGCGGCUGAUCUAGAGAAGUCGAGGAGAAACGAAGCAGAAUCCAGCGCUAGGCAGGGAGCAUUAGCACGGUAUACAGAUGAC